UCUUGCUUGCAAGUGACCUAUAUUGAAACAUACACCGCACCGCGAAGUAUUGAGUUUCAGAGGCGCAGCUAUCAUACUUCGGGAUCACUUUACAAACUCCCUUCCUUUCCGGUUGUGUUGCACUGCAAAGGAGAAAGAAAGAAGCCGAGACGAUGCAACUGCUUUUUUUCAUAGGUUGGCUUAGGGCAGGUCUGCCCUAGAGAGUUCAGCCAACGCAGCUAUGCCAGUCAGGGGUGCAAAGACGUGUGAUCCCUAACCAACGUAGAUGUAUUUCUACUUCUCCGACAAGGUGGUACUUUUGUUUGACUUCUGGAAUGUCCGCACCCCUGCAGGGAUGGUGCUCUCGGUGCUGGUGGUUCUGCUAUUAGCGAUGUUGUACGAAGCCAUCAAGAUCAGCAAAACCAAACUCCUUCGCCAGACGAUACUGGCCAUCCCCACCACCCUCAGUCAGGAGUCGCUCAGGGAGCCGGAGACAGGGUCUAUCAACUCAAACGUGGGUCAGCAAAACACCACCUCAAAAAGGUGGUUUCUUUACCACAUCAGCCAGAGCCUGCUCCACGUGGCCCAGGUGGUGAUCGGUUACCUGGUGAUGCUGGUGGUGAUGUCCUACAACACUUGGAUCUUCCUGGGAGUGAUCGUGGGUGCCGCCCUGGGUUACUACCUGGCUUACCCGGUGUUCACCGCGAGAUAGCGGUGGCCUGCUGCACGCCAGGGCGCUGCAGAGCAGAAGAGGGCGACGGCUGCAAUGGGAGGAGGACUAAGGAGGCUCCACUAGAGAAAAUGCUUGUGCAAGGCUUGGCCAGGAGCUGGCGGGAGAUAAUCCCCAGGCAAUGGGGGACUCCCCCCAUCCCCCCACCCUGCGGGGAUUGAGUUUCUUCCUUUUAAACCUAGCGUGGUCUCCACUGCUAUACAGUUAUCCAUUUGUAAGCUCACUGUUGGACCCAUCCUGGCCCAGCAGGGCACGGCCCCGCAAGGCACUAAACUGGGCCACAUGGUGCGAACCGGGCUGAUGAGCAGCUCAGCCUUACAGCUGCCGCCUCCAAUGAGUUUGAACCCACCCUCAGUUCUCCUUCAGGAAGCCCAGGAGCCUUUCCCUGCUGACUGGAGGAGCAAGGGGGCUUGGGCCGUGGGCACUGCCACCCUCGCCUGGGGACUGACAGAGCAGGCGGACGUGUUACAGGCUACGUCCGUCAGUGGGUGCUGGAGGGAUGGGAAUGCCAGGGGAUAGAUUGGGGUUAUUUUACCCUCCCUCACGGGUGGUUCAUGUUCCUGGCUGGCCCCCCUAACAGCUCUGUUCCCCUCGCCCUGCUGCUUGGGGGCAGGAGGAAGCUAACCCUCAAUGGGCUCAUGCUGGUCUCUGACCCGAAGGGGACGCGCCAACAGAGCAAAGCCGUAUGUCAGCUCCCUGUCUCAGCACCCUCCGGGUGGACAGGGCUUGACCGCCCUCCUGCGGCUGGAGCAUAAGGGAGUCAGGCAGUUGGUUUAACCGUCUUGCGUGUGCAAUGGCUCGGUUGCUUUGGAAACCAGGAUGCACCAGGGGCUGGUGUGUCUCCCAGGAUCCUGCUGUACUUCAUGCCAAGAGAAGGGCCAGUUUUAAUAAAGCUAAUUGCUUGACUA